AUGUGCUGCGAAGAGCACCACAUCUGCAAGCACUGCAACCAGAUCAUCACCAGCACGACCGACCGCUGCUUCGCCUGGCGCGCCGGCUGCGCUGACGGCGACCACCGGAACCCCGGCACGGAGUUCGGCAGCGGCGACCGCUGCUUCUGCCCGGACGGGGAAGAGAUCGUCGAGGAGUUCUACCACGACGACGACGGCUUCUACUGCCCCAACUGCUCUUCUGCUCCUCAUCACCCGCAAUUGUCAUCUAGCGGCCGGUACAGGAACGACCGCCCGCGCCCUCCCCCCAUUGACCCCGUGAGCGGAGAGGAGGUGGUUGCCGUCGCCGCCGUCGAUGACUCGCCGACGAGCUGCAGCGAUGGCACGUACUCGGCAUCCAGUGACGAGGGCGCCGGAGCAGCAGCAGCAGCGACGACGCCGACGACGCCCAAUGCGAGCAACAAAGGCGCUGGCAGCUGGCGGAUGCGCGUCAGGAAGAUAGUGAGCGGGACGACGCGGUUGGCGGGCGCGGGUAAGCGGCGUGAGGACGACGACAUCGACCAGCCAGCUGCUGCCGUGCUCCGAGACCACGAAUUACGGCCAUCAUCAGCUGAUAAGCGGGGGACAAAGGCGACGGUGACGAGCGCGGCGAGCGUGAAUGGAGACGGUGGCGCAGCAGAGCAGAACGGCCCGUCUUCGUUACUUUGA